CAGUGUCAAAAACCUCCCCGGUGAGGACCAAACCGAGUGCCAAGUGUGUUUUGUGCGAGGCGAAACCCGUCCCUCAAAGCAGCGGGAACCAUGAAGCCCCGAUGGAAUCUUGUGGUCACCCUCGGCAUAAUACUGCACAUCGUCGCUUUAGCCAGCGCUAAAGCAGUCAUCGACCAGAAAGCCGAGGAGUCGCAAAACAGCAACGUUGUCCAGCAGCAGUUGGCGGUUGGCGCCAGCGCACAGAAACGAAUCGGCUAUGACUAUCCGGCCCCGGCCGACCCGGUCUCGUUUGGUGAACCGGUGGGCGCGGCCCCGCUUAUCGAGGAGCUCCACCAGCCGCAACCACUGCCGGUGAUUGACGACAUCCACGAGCACCACGUGCACGAGGAACAUCCGGAUCCGGGCUUCUGGAAGAAGAAGCUCAUCUGGAAGGAGGGCUGGAAGAAGAUCUGGAAGCCUGGGAAGAAGCAAAUUUGGAAGCCCGACUGGAAGAAGAUCUGGAAACCGAUCUGGGUUCCGACGCAGAUUCCCGUGUGGAAAGACAUUCAGGUUCCGGCUUGGAAGCAAAUCUGGAAACCAUGGUGGAACGAAAUCCAAGUUCCGGCAUGGAAAGAAAUCCAAGUUCCGGACUGGAAAAAGAUCUGGAAACCCAUCUGGGUCCCCAUUAAGGUGCCCGCCUGGAAGGACAUCCAAGUGCCAGCGUGGAAGCAAAUUUGGAAACCGGUUUGGAAGGAAAUCCAAGUGCCUGACUGGAAAGAAAUUCAAGUGCCGGCGUGGAAGCAAUACUGGUAUCCGGCCUGGAUUAAGGUGGGAGUGCCUGGGGAAAAGUACCUCGGCAAGGAUCACGACGGCUGGGAGUACACCAGCCACGACCUGUGGAAAAAGAAACUGGUUUGGAAGUCGGGCUGGAAGAAGAUCUGGAAGACAGAACAAAAGCAAAUCUGGAAGACUGACAAAAAGCUCGAAUGGAAGGCCGCCUGGAAGCAGAUUUGGAAGCCGGGCAAGAAGCAAAUCUGGGUCGAGGAUAAGAAGCUGGCGUGGAAGGAAGCAUGGAAGCAGAUCUGGCGAACUGAGAAAAAACAGAUCUGGGUUCCACAGAAGAAACUCGAAUGGAAGGCUGCCUGGGUCCAAACGUGGAAGCCAAGCAAGAAGUUGAUCUGGGUUCCGGACAAGAAGCUGGAGUGGAAGGAAGCCUGGAAGCAGAUUUGGGUGCCCGACUGGAAGGAAAUCUGGGUCCCAGCGUGGAAGCAAAUCUGGAAGCCGGUUUGGAUCUCCGAGUGGUUCCCAUCGCCGGAUCCUCACGAGCACCACCACCACGAAAUCGAAUCCCACGGUUGGGACCGGAAGGAUAGCGCGGCCUCGGCGUCCGCCACCGAUGGCUCCACCAAGGUGCUGUUCAAACGCAGUGAGACUUCUGCGGCCCAACCCAAGGCCGUUGAGGCUGCUCCCGGAGCGACUGCCAACAUCACGCCUGCCGUGGUGAAAACAGACACGACGGAAAACAAAUCCGAGUUCCGGUUUCCGGUCGCGUAAAUUGUUACUAUCUUAGCUUCUAAGUGACUAAGCUUUAGUUUCCUUCGUACACACAAAGUCGCCUAGCUGAUAACUAGAGUUACCCCCCAGUAUUUAAUUAAACGUUAAGGUGUCGCGUCCUGUAAAUACACUAGUGGAAUCGAAUGAACGCUACGCUAGGUGAGAGAUGUAAAGUGAUUAGUUAAAACUUUGGUUUACGACAAGAAAUACUCGUACUACUCAACGUUUUGCUGCGACCCGCUAGUUAGAAGAAAAAAGAGGUGAUAAAAGUGACUGUCCCAUUAUAUCUAGUAUCAAUUAUCUCAUUAUCUGUCAGAGCUAGGGCAAUUUGUUGUUUUAAGUUCCAUGAAAGCCAUCCAUUCAUCCGUUACCUACCUUUAAGAUUGUUAAUUUCCUCAUGUGAUCGGAAAAAAACUGAACGAUUGAAUAA